CUGGGAUAAAAGGGCUCAGGGCCAGAGCACCACAUUCACUCACUUCCUGAGGUGCUGAAGGACCCUGUGCUGCCUGUGACUUUGCUCCUAAGUACCUGCUGCCGAGAUGUCCUGCCAGCAGAGCCAGCAGCAGUGCCAGCCCCCUCCCAAGUGCACUCCCAAGUGCCCCACCCCCAAAUGCCCCCCAAAGUGUUCCCCUAAGUGCCCUCCAGUCUCUUCCUGCUGCAGUGUCAGCUCCGGAGGCUGCUGUGGCUCCACCUCUGGGGGCGGCUGUGGCUCCAGCUCUGGGGGCUGCUGCAGCUCUGGGGGUGGCGGCUGCUGUCUGAGCCACCACAGGCGCCACAGGUCCCACCAUCACAGACCCCAGAGCUCUGACUGCUGCAGCCAGCCCUCGGGAGGCUCCAGCUGCUGCGGAGGGGGCAGCGGCCAGCACUCUGGAGGCUGCUGCUGAAGUGGACCUUGACUUCCUCUUCCUUCUGAUUCUGCCUGAAUAGCUGAGAGGUUCCAGCAAAAGCUUGAAGUCUUGCCUGGGGAAUCCCUCUGCUCUGGUGUCAGGAAACCCAAAAUCUUUCUCCUUAAUGGCAUUUAGAGACUUUCUUCUGCAGAUCCAUGGCUGCCCUGGGAACUCCAAAGCACACACCUAGUUCCUCCACAGCUCACGCUGCUGUAUUCUGUGCUGCCUGAACUGAAGAAAUAAAAUCCAGAAUCUGCCCCCCAACUUGCUACCAGCCUGCUUGAUUUUCCUGUUUGUGUCGUCCUUGUUCUGCUCCCCUGUGUCUGCCGGUGGCUGCUGAGGCCUUGGUGGACAGAGGAUGGGGAAAGGGGUCAGGAGGAAAAAGCUUGCAUUUUUGUGUGUUUUGUGUUUUUUCUUCUUUCUGUGUUUUCCUUUUAAACCAAGGGACUGAAAUAGCAUUGAGAAAUAUUUUUCUUUCAAAUUCUGGUUCCUUUCACCUAUGUAACUGCAUCCCUCAGGCAUGGCCAGGAGGCCGACUUCAUCCUCCUUCUCACUGUCACCUCUUCACUCUUGUGUUCCUGGUACCCCACUCCUUCCACUAACAAUCUCCCCGGACUCCUCCUCCAUAUUGUAUGUGCAUGCAUUCACACACAUAUGUACAUGCACAUAGAUGAAAUGAAUCUGCAUUGUAAAAAAAUUAAAUCACAUUUAGUGCUGUAUAAUUUUCAUGCAAUAAAAUUCAAUAAAAUUAAAUGUAAAAUUAAA